UGUUGAAAACAUUUCAACAGAGUUUUCAACGUUGCUAACAACGUUGAUUGCAAGUUGCAAUUUCCGUGACGUAUUGUUUUUAGUGUUGAUACGUUUUCAACGUUAAAUUUUUUGCCAACUGUAAAACAGUGAAAGUAGUUCAAACAGUUCGUAAUAUUACUAAAAUUCGCGGGUAGUAGUCACAUCUCUGGUAGUUCUACGUACUUCUAACCUAAUAGAAAUCAAACCCAAAAUUUUUUCGUUUUGUAGUUUAUAAGUGUUAAUAUGAAUAGAAAGAAGACUAGCAAGUCUCAGUUUAAAAUAUAUUUAUCAUAUUUAAAGAGGCAUGAUAUAUUAAUAACAGGAAAGUUGACUCCAUCCACAAACACGGAGGGCCUAAAACAAAUUUGGAAUGAAAUGGUCGCCAAUCUUAAUAGUUGUGGGGAUGGUCCUGUGAGGAAUAUAGAGGGAUGGAAAAAGGUAUUUCGAGAAUGGAAAUGUAUUAUUAGAAAAAAAGCGAGAGAAGGAAAAGAGUUAAACGAAAUUGAGCACGAACUAAUUCGAUUAACGGGCGAAAUUGCUGUUACCGGAUUAGAUCAUGUUGAAUUGGGCAUUACUGAGGGCAUUAGCAAUGAAGGUGAAACUGCAGAAGCUUCUCCAGAUGUCGAUUUCGACAUUGAAAAUUUAGAGGUAGUGCAAGAGGAUGAAGAGCGAUUAUCUGAUGAAAAUCUACAGCCCACAUUACAUAAAGAAAAUGCAAAUGCUGCUCUGCCGUCUACCUCUCAAAAAAAACCUAAAAAAUGUACGGAAAAUCCCUUACUGAAAGCCUAUGUGAAUGCGCAAGAUGAAGCAAGAGAUGGCAUGACAGAUAUUGCAAAUGCUUUAAAUAAUAUAGCAGCAUCAAUAAACAGAUUUUGUGAUGUGUAUGAAAGAGUAAAUCUUGAUAUGUAAAUUUAUUAUGUACUUACAUUUAAGGGUUGUGUAAUACAUUUUUUUUUGAGGAAAUAUUAAAAGGACUAUACCCUUGCUUAACAAGCGUUACUUCCUCUUGUGUUUGUGGAAAACGUACAUAAUGGUACAAAUUUUCCAAAGCAUUAACAACAACUGUUAAACAUUUACUAACAGAUGACUGGCUCAUACUUGUACAAAAA